AUGCCGGUGCCCGCUGCUUGCCUGCCUCACUGGGGCUUUGUGUACGGCCGGGAGGGGCAAACUGUGCUGGGGAUGGGGACAAGAGCCUGGUUUCAGCAAUUGCCAGGCACACGCUACCGGGCACCUGAACAAGCCCAGCCCUGGAGCAGCCUCCCGAGACUCGCCCGGUCACGGCACGAGGGGGACCAAAACCACGCCAAGAGCUCAGCCGAAGGCCCCCAAGCUCCCGGCCUCUCCCGGGCUUACAUUGCACUUCUCAGCGGGCCAUGGGGGCAGGGCCGGCUCCUGCUCUAUCCCGGCCUUGCCCAACCCACUGGGUUUUGGGGUGUGGGAUCCCCCCAGCCGCUGCCCUCUCCUGUAGGCACUGCCAUGGCCCCUGGAUUCUCCUGCUGGAAGCAGUGCCAGUCCCGCUCCCGCCCAUUCCUCUGCUCCUGGCCACCCCUAGGCCCCACCGGCAACACCUCCUACCUGCUGACCUUCUGCUACAUGCCACCCAGGCCGUGCCAGAAGUUCAAGGUGGGCACAAGCACAACAUACAUCCUGAGUGAGCGUCGCGUUUAUGUCUUGACCAAUGUCACUGCCUGGGUGGAGGCACGCUGGGGGCACCAUGUUCACAGGACCCCCAACAUCACCCUGUACCUCAACGAGGCUGUCAAGCUGGAUCCACCUCCCUCUGGGAUGUCCUUCAACAAGACUGGUGGGCAGCUAUGGCUGCAGGUGCCAGGGGCACCGUGCUACCGCAGGCACCAGCCACUGCAGCGGGAGGCUCGCUUCCGGAGCCUGGGCAACCGAGGCUGGAUACAGGUGAUGUGCGAGACAGUGAUGGGCAAGGAUGACUCAGUGACCUGUGCCCUGGGGCAGAAUGGUGCCUUUGAGGUCCAGCUCCGACACAAGCCCCAUCACUGGAGCAGCUACUGGAGCAAUUGGAGCAACUCCAUCUUUGUUCCCGAGGAAAUCCGGGCGAGCCCUGUGCUGAGCUACCAGCUGGGGAAACUGGGGAGAGCUGGGCAGCGCGUGCUGAGGCUAGGCUGGCAGCAAACCCCCAAGGAGCAGGGAGAUGUCACCUACACACUGCGUGCGCACAUGCUAGCGUGCCACUGCACCGAGCUGGUUGAGGAGGAGGUCGUGGUGCUGAGGAGGGAGGUGACAAUGCACAACCUCACCCUGUCCGGGGCCGAGUAUCAAAUCCUGCUGAUGGCUGCCAAUGCUGCUGGACCGGGCCCCCCACAGCAGCUCCAUGUGCCAGCAGAGCAGCAUGCAGAUUUUGGCUUCGAGGACAUCAGUGUGGCUGGCGGCACCAUCGUGGCACGGUGGGAGGCACCGAGCCCUGGCUCUGUCUACUGCUUUGAGCAGCAGGUGCUGCAUGGCGACCCCAAGCAAGGCACCUGCAUCCAGCAGGAUUUCCCAUCUGGGAGCAUCCACGUGGAGAGAGGAGCGCUGCAGGUGCCUGCGUGUCACCGCCUGGCUGUGCACGGCUGGGCCCCGCACCAGGGCUGGGCCACCCUCGCCCUGCAGCACCACUACGCCGGCAAUGCCUCACUGGCCGUGCCUAUCCGCAUCAACGCCAGCACCGGGGAUGCCACCACCAUCACCCUGCAGUGGAGCCCACCCCCCCAUGCCACCUGUCCUGGGGCGAUGGCCAAGUACCUCAUCUGCCACAUGGCCAAGGGGGACAAUGUGACGUACGCCGAGGUGGACGCCGUAGUCUCACACCACACCCUGCAGAACCUGCGGCCCGGCACAACCUACAGGGUGGCUGUUCGAGAGGUGACAGAGGAGAGUAGAAGGACCUGUGGCACUUGGUGGCACUUCCGGACCAAGGCACUGGGUCCCCAGGCAGCAGCAUGGAAAUCCAACCUGAAGUACCUAGGCAUCUUACUCAGUCUCCCCACCAUGGCCACCAUCUACCAGCUGAUCAAAAAAAGGGCUCGCCGCCUCCUCUUGCCACCCCUGCCCCAGCCCAUGGGCACCAAAGCCAUCCAGUUCUCCACCAGUGAAAUGAGCCAGGGCCAACCCAGGCCAGGCUUUGUGGAGCCCUCAGAGAGGUUCAGCCCUGCUGAGCUGCUGAUGCCAGAGCCAAAUGCCAGCAAGGAGCUGCCAAUCCCAGAGUUGAAUCCUGACAAGGAGAUGGCUAACAGCAGCACAUGGCGUGGCACACAUCAGCCUGGUCCCACAGCUGAGGAACCAGUGGUGCUGUGCCCACCGGGCUGUGAGCAGGAGCUGCCCUUCGCCUACCGCAGGCAGGAGGUGCUGAGCCCAGAGGCUUUGCCACCACCUGGCAGCGCUGGCUGCAUCAGCCACAUGCCCAGCAAGGAGGAGGAGGAGGAAGAGGAGGGAAGAUGGGGGCUGCAUCAGCCACUGAUUCCUAUCACCCUUCUCAUCUCCAACAAACCCAUCAUCAUCAGGAAUGAGGAAGGAUGGAACCCAUCACAGGAGGAGCUGGUGCCAUAA